AUGGAAGGGAAGAAGGUCGUAGUGGUGGGUGCCGGCCCGGUCGGGUCGUUGGCAGCGCUUUACGCCUCUUCUCGGGGCGCUGUGGUUGAGGUAUACGAGCUGCGUGACGACCUCCGCAAUCUGGACACGACGCCUCUGAAUUUCACCAAAUCCAUCAAUCUUGCCUUGAGCGAGCGCGGAAUUAAUGCAAUACGGUCAACGGGCAAUCCUGGUCUGCUUGACAAGAUACUGGAGCGCACGAUCCCUAUGCAUGGGCGAAUGAUCCAUAUUCGCUCCUCCGGCGGCGCUUUACUUCAACAGUCCCAAGCAUAUGAUGUUCACGGCCGGUUCCAGCGAUCCGUAGACCGCGGGGAGCUCAACAAGGUCCUCCUCGAUCAUCUCGACUCAUUGCCGAAUGUCAAGUUCUUCUUCCAGCAUAAGAUGACAGGCGCAGAUUUUCGGAAGAAGAAAGCUUGGUUCGAGGUCACGGACAAGAACCGCGCAACUCCGUCGGAUCGUCCUCAGGAGAUCGAGGUGUCUUUCGAUUUCUGCAUCGGCGCUGACGGUGCCCAUUCUGCCACGAGGCAUCAUAUGAUGAAGUUUGCCCGCAUGGACUAUUACCAAACAUAUAUCGACUGUCUGUGGUGCGAAUUCAGCAUGCCCGCGACCAAGGAGGGAGGCUUCGCCAUGCCUCCGACUUACCUUCAUAUCUGGCCGGCCGGCAAAUUCAUGUUUAUCGCACUCCCCAAUCUCGACCGGAACUUUGUAUGCACACUGUUCGGCCCGGUUGAUCUAUUCACCAAACUCGAGAAUGGGACGGAUGAAGAGCUGGUCUCGACUUUUGACAAGUAUUUCCCGGGAGUGACCACCUUUAUCCCACCUACCGAGCUCGUGGCCCAGUUCAAGCGCAAUCCACACCUGCCGCUGAUCAACAUCAAAUGUUCACCGCAUCAUUUCGGUGAUAGUGUCGUCAUUCUCGGUGAUGCUGCCAAUGCAAUGGUCCCAUUCUACGGUCAGGGUAUGAAUGCAGGAUUGGAGUCGGUGCGUGUGUUGUUCUCCAAGCUUGAUGAGACCCCGGACAGAGCAGAGGCCCUUGCCAAAUAUAGCGCCGAACGAACUGAGGAUGCGCAUGUUAUUGCAGACCUGGCGUUGGCCAAUUAUAUCGAGAUGCGAUCUUCGGUUACGUCCCCCCUGUACAAGCUGCGCAAGUACAUUGAGGAGCGGCUCGACAAGUAUGUCCCCAGCUGGGGUUGGGCCACCCAAUAUGCGCGAAUCAGCUUCAGCAACAUGAGGUACAGCGAGGUUAUCAAGAAAUCAAAGAGCCAGAAACGAAUACUCACCACCCUUCUGCUUACUGCGACAGGAACAGGCGUGGUUGGCUCCGUGGCAGGUAUUUUGUUGUUGUGGACGAGGUUCCGGCAUCAGAAGGUGUUUGGCCUUUCAUGGUCUGGCAGAUAA